AUGAAAAGAAAGCAAGAAACAAAAAACACCAAGAAAUUAUCUUCAUCAUCCAAUGAAGGACCAACAAAAAAGUUGAAGCAAUCCAACCUUCUCUCCCUAUUCAAGGCACCUUCAUCACCACCAGCCUCAUCGCAAUCCUCUACUGAUACUGACUCAUUGACAAUAGUAGAGGAGAGUAAAACCUUCUUGGGCACGAAUAAUAGCUAUGAAUUGAACAAGCAAUUUAAAUUCAUCAGCUGGAAUGUGAAUGGAAUAUCUGCCGUCUUUAGGAAGGAACCCAAUUAUUUGAAAAUGUUGGUAGAGAAGGAAGAACCUACUUGUCUUUGUUUGCAAGAGACUAAGCUUUCUGAAGAUGUAAAAUUAUCGGAAAUGGCACAAUAUAAAUUCAAGAAUUAUAUUGGACACUUUAACACUUCUAGGGCAAGAAAAGGAUACUCUGGUACUGCUUGUUUUGUUCUAAAGCAUGGUCCAAAAGUAUUGAAUGUCAAGUUUGGUAUUGGUAAGGAUAAGCAUGAUUUGGAGGGAAGAACUAUUACUGUUGAAUAUGAAGACUUUUAUUUGGUCAAUACUUAUUGUCCCAAUUCUGGACAAAAUCUCGAUCGAUUGGAAUAUAGAACAAAGGAAUGGGAUGUGGAUCUACUCAAAUACUUUGAAAAAUUGGAAAAGAAAAAGCCAAUCAUUUGGGGUGGUGAUCUUAAUGUUGCCAUUUCAGAGAUGGAUAUUCAUGAUCCUCUUACAUUAUCCAAAAGUCCUGGUUUUACAUUGGAAGAACGGCAAUCUUCUCCUCUCGUAACAAAGGCCUCACCUCCUUUUAUUGAUUCUUUCAGAUAUAAAAAUCCAUAUAAGAAACAAUACACAUACUAUGGUUACAUUAAUGACAUGAGAUUACAAAAGAAAGGAUGGAGAAUUGAUUAUUUUGUUUGUAGUAAUUCUCUAAAAGACAAGAUUGUAAAUUCUUACAUUCUUGAGGAAUACUUUGGCAGUGACCAUCUACCAAUUGGUUUAAUCAUUAAUAAGGAGUAG